UGACCUAAGUACCUUUAUAGGCUAGCCGCCUGUGAUUAGCCACGUCAUGUAAAGUUAGCAGUGGAGCACUUCUGAUAAAAGAAAAGACAAAAAGCAGCGAGGGGUCGCGGUAUUCGCUCAGUUGUAAAGAGCAGCUAUUGUUUCUCGUUUAGAAGUCGGCGGUGAUCAUAUGGAAAGAUGUCAGAUGUCGGGGACUGGUUCCGAAGCAUCCCUCUCAUCACCCGGUCCUGGUUUGCUGCUUCGAUUGCAGUUCCCUUGAUUGGAAAACUAGGAUUGAUUGAUUUCAGGAACCUCAUGCUGUUUCCAGAGCUGGUCUUAACUCGAUUUCACCUCUGGAGACCAGUGACCGCCACCUUGUUUUUCCCAAUAACCCCGAAUACUGGAUUUCUGUACCUGGUCAACCUGUAUUUCCUCUACCACUACUCCAGUCGGUUAGAGACAGGGGCGUUUGAUGGCAGACCGGCAGACUACAUCUUCAUGCUCUUCUUCAACUGGAUCUGCAUUGUUAUAACUGGGCUGCUGAUGAACAUGCGGCUGCUGAUGAUCCCUCUGAUCAUGUCGGUGCUCUACAUCUGGGCUCAGUUCAACAAAGACACGGUCGUGUCCUUCUGGUUCGGGACGCGAUUCAAGGCACAUUAUCUACCUUGGGUCAUUCUGGUUUUCAACUUCAUCAUCGGAGGCUCGUUUGUGAAUGAACUAACGGGGAACCUGGUGGGUCACCUCUACUUCUUCCUCAUGUUCAAGUACCCCAUGGACCUGGGAGGACGCACCUUCCUCUCCACACCAGAGUUCUUAUAUCGGUUCUUCCCCAACAGGAGGGGAGGCGUGUCAGGCUUUGGAGUCCCCCCCACCAGACCAGCUGCCCAGGAGCAGGGGGGGGGUGGUGGUGGGGGAGGAGGAAGAGGAGGACGUCACACCUGGGGCGAAGGCUUCCGCCUGGGGGGUGAAUGAGCAAAGAGAAGAGAGAGAGCUCCCCCCAGACCCCCCAGCCGCAGCCCUCUUUUUGCUCCCAAUAACAAAUGGCGCUGAUGUUUUGGGUUAAAAUUCUUGCCUCCUACUUUAAAAAUGUAAUUCACAACUAAUGUUUUAAAGGCUCCAAGGAGGACGCACGCAUUUUAACCCAGAAAGCGCCGCCCAGCAGGACUCUGGCCAUCGGCUCCAGUAACCAACCAGCUCUAUUACUGCUGCGGGUGUCAAUCUGAAGAAAUAAAUAUUAUUAUUUUUUUUAAAGAUACUUAAGCUUCCCAUUCUCUUAUUCCCCCCCCAUUUUUCUCGACACCCUUCCACUGGACUGUCAAGACGUUGCAGCUGCACACUAGCUCACUGUUAACAUUGACUCGUGUUCUCUUCUCCCCCCCCCCCCCCCCCCCCUCUGUGAUGCCAUAUCAGAUUACAUUGUAAUUAACAGAUUGGGAGGGUGCUCUCAGCUGAACAUGGGCAACGCUAUUUAGAGCUCUGUCUCCAGGUCAGAUUUUUACAUGGGUGUAAAAUGUUGUUCAGCUUCUGUGGCACAGACCUGAUCUUCUGUCUUUGAGAUCUGAUCUUGACCACAAUAAAAAGGUGAAGAUGGGAUUUUUGCUAUUUUUGUAAAUACAACAGUUGAAAAGCGAGUCAGUGUGUAAUUAUGGUUCCAUCCGCGGCUGGUUGAGAAUCCCAGUGACUGUACAGUGUGUACAAUUAGGGCUCAACUAUUAUUUUACACAUCAAUUAACUGCCAAUUCUGUUUUUGUUGGUCAUGAAUCACUUGUUCUAUAAAUGGUGAAAAGGC